AUGGAUUUUUUUUCGGUUUACAGUUCGAUCGCGGAAACACCUUUAGCCAAGAACCCUCUACCUGAAUCUCUAGAUAGCGGUUUAGGUACCCAGUACCUUUUCAACGUGUUGGAAUUCAUCAUAUGCAGCAUCAUGAAAGAAAAAGGUCUCAAGCAGCCCACAAUGUUAGCUGAGGAAUUGUGGGGGAACCGCAUUGAGGAUUUCAAUUCGGUAGCCUUUACAAUUGAAAUAGAGGAUAUCGCAGAAUCAUUUCGAGAGAAGCUAUGGGAAGAACAGCCCUUCCUGAACAUGAAGCCUGCAAUACAGUUGUGCAUGAUGCCUUUGGGAAAUAAGAGAAAACAGGAUGAAGAUUCUAGCAAUUAUGCUGAAGAGUUACGAGAUUCUGACGAUGACGUUAUUGGAGCAGACACCCAGUCUUUUGCUGAAGCAACGGAAGUGUUUCAUGCGCUUGAGUUGAGUAAUCAAAAUGGCUCUGGUUUUGAGAUGCAGGAUGCCUUGCAAAUUGAAUUGCUUAGAGGGAGAUGGAAUGAAAAGUAUAAGGCGAACCAGUUGACUUUCAGAGCUCGGGUUAGUUUGGAAAAGUUACCAGAGCGACUACAAAAUACGCCAAUGGCUGCAGCAGUGAGUUCCGUUAGGGAGCUGUUUAGAUCCCUACUUCGUAGAACAAACGAAGGACUGAGGCCAACGGAUCUCAUACGGAUAUACAUUCAGGCAGAUGGCUUGGACAAGCCGAUUUCGACUAGGCUGAUGUCGGUAUCAGAGCUCACUCUGGAAACUGUGAUGGCUGCAAUUUUAAAAGUUUUGCAGUCAAAGGAUCAGAUUGCCAUUGAUUCGGGUUUUUCAGCCGAUGUUGUAACGAUUCGGAGGGAUGUGGGAGCCGGCCGUAGAAAAGUGAUUAACACUGCUGUGGACCCGCACCGAAAGCAGUCGAUCCUCGAAAUACCAUCGGAUGAUGAAGGAUUAUGUUGUGCCAAAGCAAUUUUAUACGCUUUGGCACAUUUGGAAAAAAAUCAGACGGCUAUUGAUGCCCUGAGGGAUCGUCGAAGAUCUACACUGCUGAACAGAGCUCGAGCUUUGCAUGAAGCUGCGGGAGUCCGAAUAGGGCCUUGUACCUACAAAGAAGUGGCGCAAUUCGAAGAGCAUUUAAAUGUCCAAAUUGUUGUUAUCGCCACAGAAAAUAUGCAGAAAGUUUCCUACAAGGGCAUUGAAAGGCCAAGAUGGAUAAAUUUGUGGCUGCAUGAUGAACACUAUGACGUCAUUAAAGGCUUAAAUGGAUUUUAUGGUACGCAUUUCUAUUGUGAGGAAUGCGAAGUCGCUUACCAUAGAAGAGAAGAGCAUUGGUGUGCAAACUCUUGCCGCAUUUGUUUGCGAAAAUGUUGUGUGUCUAAUACACCAGAGCGAUGCGAUGAUUGUGACAGGCUGUGCCGCUCCGAAGAAUGCUAUCUUGCCCACAAAAGUAUUUCUGGUAAACAACAGCUCUCAAUAUGUGAUCUGAUUUACCAAUGCAAGGACUGUUGCAAAGUCAUACACAGAAGAAAAUGUCCAAAAGAUCAACACCGUUGCGGUACUGUUAAGUGUCCUUCCUGCGAUCAAUUUGUUGUAGCCGACGAACAUCGAUGUUAUUUACGCAGGGUACCACAAAAGAAACAAAGCAAAAAACUUAUUUUUUUCGACUUUGAGACUGACCAGACAUUAGGAGAACAUGUUGUGAACUUUGCUGUCGCGCAAUAUGCAGCACAGAAAGAAUUAGAAGCAGAACGAAUUUUCAAAGGGUAUUCUGCAUGUGCACAAUUUUGCUCAUGGCUAUUUUCGCCGGAGCAUAAAGGUUACACAGCCAUAGCUCAUAAUAUGAAGGGGUAA